AUGCUCGCGUUAGAGUCACAGGCCUCGAUCUUCUUCUCAUAUGCCCGAGAGUCUGCUGUAGCAAGUGGUGCACUCUCAGGUCUUGGAGAAUACGGCGGAAAUCAGUAUACGGUGUUGGUGCCUACAAACAAGGCGAUCAUGGCUUUGUCGCGAAAACCACACCAGUUGAACUCAAAUGACGACGUAGAGAUUACAGACGAAGAGGCAGACCGAAGAUCCGCAGAGAAAGUGCAACGAUGGAUAUCUGCGCACAUUAUUCCGGCUGCUGUGGAGCUCAAGGACGGUGCCCAAGGAGUUCACCAGACUCUCUUGGACGGGAAAUCUCUCACAUUUACCCAUCUCAAGACAUCCAAAUCUCCAGAAUGGACCAAUUGGAAGGUAGACGAUCAUGCUAUUCUCGCUGAGCGCAAGGCAUCUAAUGGCAUCAUGUAUCUGAUCGAUGGAGCUGUCGAAGUCUGA